UUACUCUUUUCUUUCUUUUUUAAAUUAACUUUUUCUAAAGACUAAACUUUACUAUUACUGCGCUUUCCAUUAUUCAAAUUUUCAACAUAUUAUCCAUGACAAGUACUGUUGCUCCCAGAUCUCUCCGUCGAGUCAGCUUCGAUUUGAGUCAUAAUGUCGUGUAUGAGUUACCCACGCUAGAACAAUGUCGAGAACAAGCAAAACGUAGAAGCAGAGAAGAAUGGUUACGGAAAACAUUGAACGAAGACAUGCUCAGCGAUGAUAUUGUUGCUGAAAUUCAAGAAGAAUUCCGUUCCGAGGAUGAGUCAGAACAGCCGACUACGCAUUCUUUAGCGCCUAUUAAAAGCUGUCUGAAAAAGCAGCCCACCACGCUUGCAAUGCCUGAAGCAGUUAUCGAUAAAAAGAAGAAACCUCAUCAUCAUGGAAAAAAGAAUCAAAAAAAGAGAAAGAGAGGCCAGCAUCAUCAAGCCAAGUCUUCUGUGCAGCAAUCACAAGUCAAUCUUCACAGCAUGCCUAUCAUCUCUGUUCAUUGAAUAGACUACGACGACACUUCCUCCUUCAUCAACGUGCUGACUGUUGAACCUAUCUCUUUUAGAAGGAAUAAGCAUCAACACUCUAGAACGUUGGUUUAUGUUCUUGGUCAUAAGAUAAUCAUCCUUUUAUCUUUGGCCUUGACGCUUGUGUAUAUAGAAUCCUGUCGAAGGAAGAAGAGACGUAAAAAAAAGAGAAAAAGGACUAUACCAAUUUUUCAAAUGAUAUCUCCCAUCCUAAUCGUUAUCCCUCCGCUUUUCGUAUAUCAUAUACGCACGACGCAUUUUUAGCCGUUUUUUUAUUUUAUUUUAUUUUUGCACUGUUAGCAGUUUUCUUUCCUAUUUAGUUUACUAUAAAAUAAACAUAUAGUUACAAUCUCAAGGAAAGGCUAGAUGACCUCUUUUUUUUUUUUUUGUUUUUGUAAACAAAUAAACGACACGAAAAAAAGGG